GUCCACCGCCUAAUCCCCACCUCUAUAAAUACCCCACCACCAUCUGUCGUCAUGUCUCAAACAUUUUUUCGCAAAAGCAGGACUAAAAAGGAUAAAAAUCAAUAUCUUUAUCUAUUGCACCCACAAAAACCCUAACCCUAAUCCUGUUUCUGUACAUUUUGAAAUCAUCUCCUCGAAAUUUAGUGGAAAAGAAGCAAGCUACAUUAUAAAGUUUGUGGAAAUCAAUUGAUUUAUUGUUUGCAAUGAUGUCUGCAGUCGUUUGCGGGAAGCGAUCUUUCUUCGAGGAUCUGGAAUCGGCGGCGGGGUCGCCAGGGUCGUCUUCUCCGCUGGCUUACAAGAGGUUUCGGUGCUCGUCGCCGGCUCGGUUCACUUACUCGCCCCCCUCUCAGCCGAGUCCAGUUGAUCAGCUAAAGGCUUUGUUUCCUGAUAUGCAGAUUCAGCUUCUUGAGAAGGCAUUAGAAGAGGCUGGCAAUGGCAUAGAUUCUGCUAUCAAUAGGCUCAAGGAGCUUCAUCUUGAAAAUGCUAUCAAUUCUGCUGAGGAGAAAAUAAUAAAUAUAGGAGAUACCUCAGUAGAUGUGACUGGAACUCCUUUGGGGGAGCCUCAACUACAAAACAACCUGCCGGCAGAUGGUGCAGCAUGGGUGGACUUAAUUGUGAAUGAGAUGAUGAGUGCCACCAGCGUAGAUGAUGCUAAAUCUAGGGCAGCACGCGUGUUGGAGAGUUUGGAGAAAGCCAUCAGCGUUCAGACUGGUGUGAAGGUGGCAGAAGAUGUUCACAAGGAAAAUAUGAUGUUGAAGGAACAAAUUGAGGCACUUCUUCGAGACAACACCAUCCUCAAACGGGCAGUGUCUAUCCAACAUGAACGUCAAAAGGAAUAUGAUGAGAGGAAUGCUGAGGUGCAACAACUGAAGCAGUUGCUUUCUCAGUAUCAGGAACAGAUUCGAACACUUGAGGUGAGCAACUAUGCCUUGACAAUGCAUCUGCGCCAAGCUCAGCAGAGCAAUUCCAUCCCCGGACACUUCCAUCCUGAUGUGUUCUAAUUUUUUAGAACAUGAUAUCUCGAGCGUGCUGCAUCAGCUGCUUCGAGCUUUUCCAUAUGCUGUGCUCAGUAACGCUCGCCACAAAGAUUACAUAUGCAAAUUGUUAAGGUGCUAAAGAUUUGUAUCGAGUUAUGUGAGUUGGAGAUGUUGAGAUGUAAGUUGAAGGCCAUUUUCCCUUAGAUUCUGGGCCCAAAGUUAUACAUAUUCCAAUAAAUACAUAACAAGAUAUGAGAUUCCAAAUACUUUUUUCAUAUUUUAUUGUUGUUUUGUUAUUCUUCUUGUUCAUUUUCUUCUCUUCGAGCUGUAUAGUUGGAUGUUUCUUCUUUCAUGUAACUGUUUGGUGCUGUUAAAGUCAUCAAUGUACAUUAGAUGAUACAUUUGGAUGUAGUUUUUGUUAUGAUAAUAGAUUUUUGCUGUUUUUGUAAA